GAAAAAGUGUGAACAUUGAGUGUAAAAUGUUAAGGACUGAUACCAUCUUGUGCGAAUGAUGACAAUAGAGAAGUUCGUUGAAAAUGAGAGUGGGUGCGCUGGUACCGCUUCUGUGUCUUUUGGAUAUCAUUCUUGGAUCUAGAGUGAUACUGGUGGAAAAUGCGCCAACGUGCUUCAGAAGAGUGCUGGCAGGGAGGCGGGCCCUCCGCAGCUUCGUUCGGAAGGCGAUCGCGUGUGAGAGGCUGGAGGAUUGUCGCCGGGAGUGCGCUGAGGAGAGGAGGUUCCAUUGCGAGAGCUUCAACUACCGAUUGGACCCCUCCUUCCGUGGUAAAGGUCUCUGCGAGCUGAUGACGAAGCCGAUCGAAGCUUUCGACGUCGACCGGGACUUCGUGGAAGACAAGGACUACGACUUCUAUGAAGUGGACAGGAAUAGCCUGGAGCCAAACUGCCCGGAGUCAUUGGGAGGACCAGGGUUGCUGCACUCGGGGUUUUUAUCUUCUAAGCCUAAUAGAUUACCGAUCUACCAGAACCAGUGGGACAGAAACGACUGGCAAGACAGCAGGUACAACCGGGACUACAACCGGUUCGAUGACAAGAGGAGGUAUAACGGGGGUAGAAGGAAGUAUGAUGACCAGUUCUACGUGCCGUAUCAGAUUGGUGUAGGCCGCAGCAGUGAAGCUGACAUCGAAAACUGGGGCACCUACGGCGGUGUCUAUGGCGGUUACGACAACUACUACAAGGAUCCAAACGAUUUCUACAACAGCGUCAACCAUUGGCGUAUACCCAACAACAGCAGGACCUAUGGCGUCAAGCCUGGAUACAAUACUGACUUUGAUUACUUUAGUCUUGGGAAGGAGAGGUCCUGGGAGAGCCAGAGAUACGGAUCCUGGAAGAGAGGGAGGUGGAAUUCUUCGGGGACUAGUGGUUUAGACUAUGGGGAGUCUAAUUAUUAUAAGCCAAGCAAGCCUCACCAUUAUGCUGAGGAUCGGGAUGACGAUGUUGGUGGUAAAGACUGCUCCUCACGAAGACGACCAGGGAUGUCCCUGGGUUCUGGAGCCAUCCGAAGGUCCCUGCUUGCCAGGAAUGUGGUGGAGUGCGAGGCUGCCUGCUUUGAAGAGAGGGAGUUCAAAUGCGUGUCGUAUAGCUACAGAUAUUCAAGCUCCCGAGGCACAGACAACUGUUUCCUCAGUGAGCGACCGUACCGAGGGUUGGAAUUGUCGGCUGACAGCGGCUCUGAUGUAUACGCCAUGCCGCAAGACCAGGGCUGCUCUGUCAUCAGUCACAGACCUUGGGUUGAGAGUGAAUGUUUCUGGCACGUCCGCUCCGAAGCAGCAGUAAGCGGAGGAGCAGUGAGGGCCGCACUGACCGUGACAGGGCUCGGCGCGUGCGAGGCGGAGUGCAUACGGGCUCAUGCGUUCUUCUGUCGGGGAUUCAGCUUCAGAUACGACGCCCCCUCCAUAGGGGAUGACUUAGCCAACUGUAUCCUCACGUCAUCACCCCCCACCUCCCUAACUGGGGGGAGUGUUCGUCGCUCCCACGGACACGAGUUAUACGCGAGGGGGAACUACGGACGAGGGUGUGAACCGGCGUUGUAUGAUGACGCGAGGCACAGCCACCAGGAAGAUGGGGAAUGUUAUCUGCAAUACGACAACGCUGCGAAGCUGAUAGGCGCCGCCGUGCGUGGUCAAGCGAGGAUCCGACUCUUCGACCUCCAACGAGGGGUGGACUACCAGCACUCCACCGACGACUGGCUGUUUGCUUUCGAUUUGUUCAACGGCCAGUGCUGGAGGAAGGUGCACGGGAAACAUGGCUAUGAGGAGCCAUCUUCGGAACUGCCUCGACCGUUGAUUCCAGGGGAAUCGUACCCUGGCUCUAGCCCAAGUGGGCCAGGGUACCCAUCGGCAGCUUCUGAACCUUACCUUCCCGCUUCUGGACCCCCAAGCGGCCAUGAUUAUAAACCUGGAUACCCCUCAGGCCCACCCAGUGGCCCUGGGUACAAACCUAUCUACCCCUCCAGUCCAGGGUACCACGAACCAAGCGGCCCCGGUCCAUCCGGUCCUAGUUACAAACCCGGUUACCCCGAACCGUGCGCACCGGGUUGCCAACCUCCUUUUAGGCCGUCAGAACCGAGCGGACCCGGUUAUCACAAACCGGAUUACAGACCGGGUCCGAGCAGGCCCAGUUACUUACCCGGGCCGAAACCUGAUUAUGGUUCAGAACCAAGUGGUCCUGGAUACUUGCCUAGGCCAAAACCGGAUUAUAGACCCGACCCGGUUAGACCCAGUUACUCCCCGGGGUAUGAACCUGGCUAUCGACCAUCAGGAGUGCCCGGAUAUCCAGAUUCCGGGUUCAAGCCAGGGUACCCGCCUCCACAGCCGGAACCAGGGUACAGGCCAGGGGAAGGUAGGCCCAGGCCUUAUCCUGAGGGACCUGGUGGGCCUAGUAGGCCCAAACCUGGGCAUGGAGGACAUAGGGAAGAAGAACCAAUAUCAGUAUCAUGGCGCCACUACACCGUGUCUGGGUUCCCCUGUCGCGCUGGUACCACUUGUGCCCAGAAUAAGGUCGCUGGGCAUUGGGCCUGCGAACCAGAAGGGGGAGAAGUUGGUUCUUGGGACUACUGUUGCGCGCCGACUCACCGUUGUGGAUACAGCGAAGGUUUCCCAAAGCCAUGGUGCUACGUAGGAACGAUUGAAGACCAAUGGCGUCCUUGCAGCGAGAAGUACUAUCCGUACCACCAGCACAAUAUACCACACCCCUCUCAGGGAGGACACAGAGAUGACCACCGAGCGCCCCAAAGGCCCCCCGGCCCCCCGGCCCAUCCGAACAGAUUCCAAGAUGGCGACCGACCGCACUUAGGCCCGUACGCGUCCGAAGCAGAGAGAAAAUACUGGGAUGAUCUAUACAAGAAUGGACCACAAGCGUAUUACGAUAAAUACGGGAAUCCCUUGCCAGGAUACACCAAAGUACCGACCGCCAGUCGUCCGUACAUCAAGUACCGUCACAACUACCAAGGACCUGGGUCCGGCACGUGGGUCCCAGUAGCAGGGGACCCCGACCCUCACGGCUCUGGAGGACUUGGAGCUCCCAGGUAUGUAUAAAAUCUGUAACUGUACUCGAAAUCACUCCAAAUAUCUGUUGGAAAGUUAGAAACUUUUGGUUAAACGCAAG